AUAUGUUGGACUUCGUAUUUGCUGUUGAUGAUUCUGUUACGUGGCAUAUGAUGAACUUGUUAAAGAACAGGAGUCAUUAUUCCUUCCUCAAAGUUUUGGGGCCAAAGCAGAUAAGUAAUAUACAGAGCUACGGAGCAGGGAUUUACUACAAUACUUUAGUGCCAUGUAAUGGUAGGAUGAUAAAAUAUGGUGUAAUUAGCACUGAUGCCCUGAUUGAUGACUUAUUUCACUGGAAAACCCUCUAUGUUGCUGGACGUCUACAAAAACCGGUGAAAAUACUGACACAGAAUGAGAAUGGCAAGCUGCAAGCUGCUCUUGUUAGCAAUCUGAAGAGUGCAGUCACAGCAGCCUUUCUCAUGUUGCCGGAAAGUUUCUCUGAAGAAGACCUCUAUAUGCAGAUUGCAGGACUCUCCUAUUCUGGUUAGUAUGUAACCAAAGGUAAACCAAAGACUUCUGUGACUUCUUUGAGAAUAGAAGUUAUUUCUGUUAACACUGUAUGCUGUUACUGUCUUAAUUUUUACAAAAUUCAGAUCGAUAAAAGUCCAGAAGGUCAAUUCACACAGCUAAUGGCUUUGCCAAGAACUCUACAGCAAAAGAUAACUUCUCUGGUAGAUCCUCCUGGAAAAAACAGAGAUGUGGAAGAAAUUUUAAUGCAAGUUGCUCAUGACCCUGACUGUGGAUUUGUGGUACAUCAAGGCGUUUCAGGAAUUGUGAGAUCUUCCAGUCUAGCACAGAGUGCCAAAACCAUACUGACAGCUGGGGCAAAGAAGUCUAUAAUUUACAGUAUGAAGAAAUUAUAUAAAAUGUCAAAGGGAUGGUUAAAGAAGACAUCCUGAGACUUAGCAUGCUAUAUAUGGGUAAAUAAAUGGCACUUUUUCUCCAAA